AGUUGAGCCUGAAUGGAAGUGGCGCGCCGCUGCUGACAUUAUCACGUCCGGGCGGUUGGGGUUCGGACGCCGGCCGGGGUUCGGGUACCUCGACCUCGGGAGCAGACCGGAGCGCGAGGAGGCGGCGGCGGUGGCGGCGCGGCGAGUUGGUGGAGGGGGCGGCUGUGCACGGCCCCAAGACAUGGCUCACAACAAGAUUCCCCCGCGGUGGCUAAACUGUCCGCGGCGCGGCCAGCCGGUGGCAGGAAGAUUUUUACCUCUGAAGACAAUGUUAGGACCAAGAUAUGACAGUCAAGUUGCUGAAGAAAAUCGGUUCCAUCCCAGUAUGCUUUCAAAUUAUCUGAAGAGUCUGAAGGUUAAAAUGGGCUUGUUGGUGGACCUGACAAAUACUUCAAGAUUCUAUGACAGAAAUGACAUAGAAAAAGAAGGAAUCAAAUAUAUAAAACUUCAGUGUAAAGGACAUGGCGAAUGCCCUACAACGGAGAAUACCGACACAUUUAUUCGUCUAUGUGAGCGGUUUAAUGAAAGAAACCCGCCUGAACUUAUAGGUGUUCAUUGUACCCAUGGUUUCAAUCGUACUGGUUUCCUCAUAUGUGCCUUCUUGGUGGAGAAAAUGGAUUGGAGUAUUGAAGCAGCAGUUGCUACUUUUGCUCAAGCCAGACCACCAGGAAUUUAUAAGGGUGAUUAUUUGAAAGAACUUUUUCGUCGCUAUGGUGAUAUAGAGGAAGCACCACCCCCACCUCUAUUGCCAGAUUGGUGUUUUGAGGAUGAUGAAGAGGAAGAUGAGGACGAGGAUGGAAAAAAGGAAUCAGAACCUGGGUCGAGUGCCUCCUUUGGCAAAAGGAGAAAAGAACGUUUAAAACUGGGUGCUAUUUUUUUGGAAGGCAUAACUGUUAAAGGUGUAACUCAAGUAACAACUCAACCAAAGUUAGGAGAGGUACAACAGAAGUGUCAUCAAUUCUGUGGCUGGGAAGGAUCUGGAUUCCCUGGAGCACAGCCUAUUUCCAUGGACAAGCAAAAUAUUAAACUUUUGGAGCAGAAGCCAUAUAAAGUAAGCUGGAAAGCAGAUGGUACGCG